GAGAUAUAAAAGGACUCCCACGGAGAAGGAGAGCUCAGGCAAGCGGCUGAGCGGCUGUCCGGCUCAUUUCCACACUGCUGUGCGUCACUGAGUGUGUUUACUCGAGUGUGUGUGUGUGUGUGUGUGUGUGUGAGACGGUGCACACGAGUGUCAGAGCGGAGGACCUAACUUUCACAGUUUUUACAGAAGAUAAAAAGGAAGUGGGGACUGGAUGAGGGAACGUGACGAGCUACUGGAUGUCCUUGACCCCGAAAGAACACAGUUUGAUUGUUAGUUCUGUUGCUGAUUCUUCAGUCUGUUGAGUUUUCGGUUUUUUUCACCCUCCAUACUUGAAGUCAGGAGGUGACUCUGAAGCUGUGUGUAGGGGAAUUUGCAUCUUCACAUCUUCAGAAUGGACACCUCAUCCCUGUCAGACAUGGACUACAACCACACUUACAUCGGCGAGCACUACUUUGAGGACAAUAUCGACGCUUUUGGCGUCACCAUGGCGAUCCUCUACCUGGUGGUCUGCAUCCUGGGACUCGCCGGGAACUCCCUGGUCAUUGUCGCCAUUUUGAAAUUGGACAAAAUGUCGUCUUCCACGACGGUGUACAUCUUCAACCUGGCGCUGGCCGACGGCCUCUUCAUGGUCAGCCUGCCCUUCAUCGCGAGCCAGAACUUCCGGAACCACUGGAUGUUCGGAGACACGGCGUGCAAGGUGGUCAUGGUGCUGGACGGCAUCAACCAGUUCACGAGCGUCUUCUGCCUGACGGUGAUGAGCAUCGACCGCUACAUGGCGCUGGCAGACCCGCUCCGGUUCGCGCGCUGGAGAACGCCGCGCUGCGCCCAGGUCGUCUCGGCCUUCCUGUGGCUCUUCUCGCUCCUCACGAUUCUCCCGAUGGCGCUUCACUUCUCCGCCGAUCAGGGCCUGUGCAUCCCGGAGGUGGUGUCGGACGCGUGGUGGCUCGGCGUCCUCUCCUACACGUUCGUCAUGGGCUUCGCGCUGCCGUUCACGGUGAUGACGGCCUCCUACGCGGCGCUGCUGCUCACGCUGCACUCCCAGCGACUCCGGGCCCCGGCGGCGAACCCCGAGAGCCACCGCGUCGAGCGGCAGGUCACCAAAAUGGUGGUGGCGGUGGUGGUUGUGUUCGGCCUGUGCUGGCUGCCGUUCUACACCUUCAACUUCUGCUCGCUGAAGCAGAACAACAUGGUGCGCAAUUUCGCCCGGGCGUUUGAGUUCGUGGUGCUGCUGUCGUACUCAUGGAGCUGCGCCAACCCCAUCCUCUACGCCUGCCUCUCGGACACCUUCAGGAGGCACUUCCGCUCCCUGCUCUGCCCCGCCGACAAGUCGCCUCCCAGCAUGCAGUGCGACACUGAACGGUAUGAUUUAAAUGACGCAGGUGUGCGAGAUGCUGCCGUUCUGGCAUAGACACUCCCCGAGGGGGCGUGUAUUUCUAUAAAUAUGCACUGUACAAUAUUUACUCAUUUAUACUUAUUUGUACUUCAAUCUAACUCACAAUCAGAUUAAUUGUUUGCCACAGAGUUGUAUGUCAUUUCUUUGAGCCUGUGGUGUGAGUUUGCUUUAAUUCUGACCCUGAAUCUGUCUAAAAUGGAUAAAUAAUAAUAAUAAUAAUGAUAAUAAUAUGAGUAGAGAGGGUUUUCAACACACCAACUCAGACUUGAACCAGCUGUUAAAGUCCCCCCUGACCAAAGUGUCGUAUUUGUACUUUUCCUUUAUUUCUUUCAAGAACAUAAAAAAGUCAAUUUGUCCGGCAGGAUUUUUAUGGCAGAGUUCAGGUUCUCCUUGUCUGAGUCAGACCUGUUGUAUAACUUUCUCUUUGACCGACCCCCCCCGAGAUCUAAUGCAAUGAGACGCAAGAGUUCUGAAGCGUGGACAGGAGUGUAAACGGCGUAGCGCGGGUCACAUGCCUUAGGCUGAACACGAGCGCACAAAUCUCUGCAACUCAUCUUCCCAAGCGUCAUGUGUGUGUGUGUGUGUGUGUUUGUGCCCUAUAGUGACCAUGUUCAUGCUUGUGUUCAGACGUCUGUGACUUCACCUUUAUUCAUGCCAGUAAAAAGCCUUCUUGGCCUUUUUAUCCUUGAUUUCAAAUCGGAUUUUAAGUCAUUAACCAAAUCAGCCACUGAAAUAAUCACCUUCUAUCAAUUUGAGAGUUUUUUAAAAACAGAUUUCAGCCUCUUAAAGGACCAGUGAGUAGAAUUUAGUGGUUGUCUAGGCGUGAAGUUGCAUUAUUGCGAUCGAUUAAACACAAAGCUGUUCCUAUUUUACAGAUAAAUGAAAAUAAAUUCUACAAAAUGUACAUUUUAAAUGAUGUAAGUGCUCCUUCAACCAACAGUUUCUGACCAAACACCACAUUGAACAAUUCAGAAAAUAUGAAUCAGAGUAAAUAUGUAGACAUGGCAUGUAUAAUGUUGUGUAUGUAUAAAUGAAACCUCGUCUUUCUAUAUAUUAUGUUUGUAUAAAUCUGAUGUGUAGUCACUGUAAUCCAUUUCCACCACAUCUAAAUGCCAAAACAAGCUACUACCACUACUUUAUAUCCUGUAAAUGCGUAUUUUUAGAGGUUAUUGUGAUAUAUUUUUUAAAAUAAAUGUCAAAAAAAUGCA